UAGGCCACACUUUUUUGGAGUCCUAGUUGAAUUGACUUACUACCAUUUUUCACCUCUUAAAGUUUUCUCUCCAUUUUCUGUCUUCCGGAGAUUCCGCUGCAAUUUUCCCCUCCUCAUUCCAACAAAGUCAAAGAUCCAUUUCUCUCUGUUUUCCACUUUUCCUUUCCCACAACCACUGCACUAGUAUUAGAUAUUCACUCCCCUUUCUCUCUGCAAUGCUCCUCCUUCCCAUUUUCCAUUGAGGUUGUGGCGGUGCAUUGCGAGAUGUUUGACUGUGGUGGUGGUUACAAGUCACAGUCUGUGAAUGGCCAUCGGGAAAAAUUUGUGAGGUAUCCAAAUCCAAUAUAACUUCAACUUCAUUCAUUGCAAUAUGAAGGACAAGAGACUUAGUAGUGUUUAUACGUUUGGUGACUUGGAUUCUAGCCUAUCUUCAUCUUCUGAUGCUGGAGUUAAAACAUGUGGAUUUAGUAUUGAUAAAUUAAGCCAUGGUGGCCGUGGAAGUAGUACACCCUCUAGGUCUUUUAAAAGAGGAAUGAAAAAGGGAUCUGAAGGACUGAAGUCAAUUGGCCGAUCACUUGGAUUUGGGGUAUCUAAGGCUGUAUUCCCGGAAGAUCUUAAAGUAUCAGAGAAGAAGAUAUUUGAUCCUCAAGACAAGUUUUUGCUCUUGUGGAACAAGCUUUUUGUUAUCUCAUGCAUUUUGUCUGUGUCUGUGGAUCCACUGUUUUUUUAUCUCCCUGUCAUUAAUGAUUCAUUACUCUGUCUUGGUAUAGACCGGAAGUUAGCAAUUAUAGUUACCACCUUGAGGACAGUUAUCGAUGCUUUCUAUCUUAUACACAUGGCUCUCCAAUUUCGUACUGCUUAUAUUGCUCCAUCAUCUCGUGUUUUUGGACGGGGUGAGCUUGUGAUAGAUCCUGCACAGAUAGCUAAACGGUACUUACAGCGAUAUUUCAUCAUUGAUUUCUUAUCAGUGUUGCCAUUACCACAGAUUGUGGUUUGGAGAUUUCUUCAGAGGUCAAAAGGUUCAGAUGUACUUGCAACCAAGCAGGCCUUGCUUUUCCUUAUCUUGCUUCAGUACAUUCCUAGAUUUCUCCGGAUGGUACCAUUAAGUUCGGAACUUAAGAGAACAGCUGGUGUCUUUGCUGAAACUGCUUGGGCAGGUGCUGCAAAUUAUUUGCUAUUGUUCAUGCUUGCCAGUCAUAUAGUUGGAUCUUUUUGGUACUUGUUAGCUGUUGAACGCAACGACUUUUGCUGGCAGAAGGCUUGUAGUGAUGAUGGAUACAACAAGAAAUUCUUGUACUGUGGCAACCAAUACAUGGAAGGUUAUAGUGCCUGGCAGAAUAGAAGUAAAGCUAUUCUUACAUCACAGUGCUCUGCAGAUGAUGAUAAUCCACCUUUUGACUAUGGAAUUUUCCAACAAGCCUUGUCAUCCGGUAUUGUUUCAUCUAAGAAGUUCUUUUCCAAGUACUGUUACUGUUUAUGGUGGGGGCUCCAGAAUUUGAGUACUCUUGGCCAAGGGCUUCAAACUAGCACUUAUACUGGGGAGAUUAUCUUUUCAAUAGCAUUAGCCAUAGCUGGCCUUAUCCUCUUUGCACUUCUGAUUGGUAACAUGCAGACUUAUCUCCAGUCUCUUACCAUUAGGCUUGAGGAAAUGAGAAUCAAAAGACGUGAUUCAGAACAGUGGAUGCAUCAUCGCUUGCUCCCACAAGAGCUCAGAGAGCGUGUGAGACGAUAUGAUCAAUAUAAGUGGUUAGCAACACGAGGUGUAGAUGAAGAAAUUUUAGUUCAGAGUCUCCCAAAGGAUCUUCAAAGAGACAUUAAGCGUCACCUCUGCCUAGCUUUAGUUAGAAGGGUUCCACUAUUUGAGAACAUGGAUGAGAGAUUGCUUGAUGCCAUAUGUGAGAGACUGAAGCCAAGUUUAUUUACGGAGAGUACUUAUAUUGUCCGGGAAGGAGAUCCAGUUGAUGAAAUGCUUUUCAUCAUACGAGGCCGCCUUGAGAGUGUCACCACAGAUGGUGGGAGAAGUGGAUUUUUUAAUCGCAGUUUUUUAAAAGAGACUGACUUUUGUGGUGAGGAGCUUUUAACCUGGGCACUGGAUCCCAAAACUGGCUCUAACCUCCCGUCAUCUACUCGAACAGUUAAGGCUUUAACAGAAGUUGAGGCUUUUGCUUUAACUGCUGAAGAGCUAAAAUUUGUUGCCAGUCAGUUUAGGCGCCUUCACAGCAGACAGGUUCAGCACACCUUCCGCUUUUACUCCCAACAAUGGAGGACCUGGGCUGCAUGCUUCAUUCAAGCAGCAUGGCGUCGCUAUUCCAAAAGGAAAAUUAUGGAGCUUCGUCGAAAGGAAGAAUCAGAGGAGUCAGAAGGAACCCGCAGCAAUGCUGGUGGCAGUUCAUACAGCCUUGGUGCCACCAUCUUGGCCUCAAGAUUUGCCGUGAAUGCUCUUCGUGGGGUGCAUCACAAUCGGAAUGCUAAGACUGCUAGGGAGUUGGUCAAACUACAGAAACCUCCAGAGCCUGACUUUACUGCUGAUGAUAUGUAACCACUCUCUUAAAAUGCAUGUUUUCAUUGAUAAACCUUACUACUAAGUAAAUUUUUCUGUUCAAAGGUAAAGGAAUUAUACAAAUCAUUCGAGUUACAUUUGUGAGGAUUGCCAGAGUUGUACUGAGCGUGUAGUUCCUCAUAAAUUAUACAUUAAAGCAACAAGCGGUCAUGUUAGGCCUGCCUCAGAGAAUGCAAUAAAACUGCUCACAAUUUUACAA